AUGUGCUGACCACCUUGCUAAGUUGUUUGGUUUUCUCUUGAGUCUUUAUUCGUUACACUAGUUUCUUUAUGCCAUACACGUAGAUUCCCUUCUACAUUUUCUUGCUAAUGGGCAGUUUUCGCACUCUGAUUUCAUUCGUAGCGGGGUUCUAUGCAGGAGUUUACGCUUCACAAAACUAUGAACUACCACACCUCGACAAACCUGCGGAACUUUGGGAAAAAUUGCUAGCCGUACUGGAAACGUAUGAAAAGGCGUCGAAGAAGAAAGACGACCCCUAGCCAAGCAACGGCUGCAAGCAAAUGAUGAUGUGAUCUUAAUGAGCUGUGAUCCUAGUAUUACCUACAGUCAGUAUUGUGAGGAAAUCGGAGACACCGGUCGCACCCUCCCACCGACAUCUCGUAAUCGACGCCGCGCGUCAUGGCGGAAGCCAUGGAAACCGAGAUUGCGACGACGACGACGGCGAAACAAGAGGACGCGCCCGCCGACGACCUCGACGGGCAGAUCCUGGCACUGUGCCAAGAGUUUCCGAAGGGCAUCACGGACGCCGUCAUCCAGAAUACGAUGCCGGAGCUUACGGCCCAGCGUCGCGUAACGGCGAUCAACCGCCUGCUGUCCGGCGGGAGGAUAGAUCUCCUGCGCAGCGGUUCUCAGCUUGUCUAUAAGCUGAAGGAUCCGGGGAGCGGUGCGGAGGUGCGCGGGGGUGACCACCAGGAGAAGCUGGUCUACCAGAUCAUCAAGGAGGCGGGGAACAAGGGGAUAUGGAUCCGCGAUAUUCGCUAUAAGAGCAACCUGCUGCUGACACAGGUGAACAAGAUCCUCAAGUCUCUCGAGAGCAAGAAGCUGAUAAAGGCAGUCAAGUCGGUCGCCGCCUCCAAGAAGAAGGUCUACAUGCUCUUCGACGUCGAACCUGACCGCUCUGUGACCGGCGGCGCGUGGUACAGCGACCAGGACUUCGAGUCGGAAUUCGUCGAAGUUCUCAACCAGCAGUGCUGUAAGUUUCUGCGGCAGAAGGCGGACGCGGCGAGGGAUUCGCGUCCCGACCCAAUCGCGCAGCGCAACGCGGCGUACGCAUCGGCGCGCGAAGUCUGGCGAUUCAUCUCAGAGCUCGGCGUCAGCAAGAUCCAGCUCUCGAUGGACGAUAUCGAGAUGAUUCUGAACACGCUGAUCUACGACGGCGUCGUCGAGCGUACGGUCGUCGCGGCAACGUCGCAGGGAGGCGGCGACGACGGAGACCCGCAGAGUCUGUACCGCGCGGUGAAUCGCAUGCUGCCUGACACGGGCGUGAUGCGCGUGCCGUGCGGGGUGUGCCCCGUGUUCGAUCAGUGCCACGAGGAGGGAGCGGUGUCGCCAUCUACGUGCGUGUACAUGAAAGAAUGGCUCGAGUACUGACUCCGAUCGCAUCGCGUGUCGAAAGCCAUAACGAGUCGUUAGUUAUGCGUCGGCCCGAACGCUCGCAUGUAGAAGGUAUUAAAACGAAUAAAUAAGUCAAAUCGAAUCACAUGGGAGUGUUGAUUUAAUGCCUGUGUUCGUUUAAAAUAUGUAAAGCGCAUGGGUAUGAAUUUAACGUGUAAUGUAACGUCUCAUGUAAUUCGAAUGUUGAAAAGUAAACACAGUCUCAAAGUUA